ACGCUGUCACCUAUAAAUGUUCGAUCCCGCCGGUAGAGCAAGGACAUGUAGAAAAUAAAAAAUAAUACAAAACAAUCGAGUUCUUUAUUGUACCCAAAUUAUCAUUUUUUUCCCUCAGCUUCUUCAUCAAGCCAUGCAGCAGCGUUCAGCAUCAACAGCCAAGAACUUAUGUCGUAAAAUCUUGAACCACCAUAACCAAAUCCAAUCCCUUAAAAGACCACCCUGUGAUGUUUUCAUUAAUCAUCGGUGCAUCGACACGAAGAGGACCAUUUCUGGGUUGCUCUUUGAUCAUCUUUCUAGACUCAGGCUCCAUCCAUUUUUGGAUAGCAAGAACAUGAGACCUGGUGACAAACUAUUUGACAACAUUGAUAGAGCUAUCCAUGAAUGUAAGGUUGGGGUUGCUGUAUUUUCUCCCCGUUAUUGUGAGUCAUACUUUUGUCUCCAUGAACUGGCUUUAUUAAUGGAGACAAAGAAAAGAGUUAUACCUAUAUUCUGUGAUGUCAAACCGUCUCAGCUCCAUGUCAAGGAUAACGGGAUUUGUCCUGGCGAAGAGCUGCGAAGGUUUACAUAUGCUCUCGAAGAGGCAAAGUACACCGUUGGACUUACAUUUGACACACUUGAAGGGAAUUGGUCUCAAUUCUUAACGACAGCAAUGGAUGCGGUUGUGCAUAAUUUGAUCGAAGUGGAUGCAGAAGAAACACACAAGCACCGUACAUAUUUCAUGAAGAAUUAUUACUGACGAGAAAUCAAGAUGAAGCAAACAUA